UGUGUUGCAGCCCUGGCGUUUGACACUUUGACGUGGAACUGUCAUCGGGAGUCGGGCACGAACAGAAGGGUCGACGCGGCAGUAAACGAACUCAGCUCACUUAUUUGGAAAUUUUCGAUUGAACCGGAGAAACCAAGCUUCAUCAAACGACAUGGACAAGGUUGUCAAGUUUGCCGAGCCAGGACGUGCCUUCGCCAAGGACUCGAUCCGUCUGGUCAAGCGCUGCACCAAACCCGACCGCAAGGAGUUCCAGAAGAUCGCUAUCGCCACCGCCAUUGGCUUCUGCAUCAUGGGCUUCAUCGGCUUCUUCGUCAAGCUGAUACACAUCCCCAUCAACAACAUCAUUGUGGGCUCCUAAGUGAUUAGGGAAACCUCAAAAACCUGAAGAUAAUCAAAUUCAAAUCAUCCAUUUUAGCAUAUGUCCGAGCAAUUUUUUUUCGUUUAGUUAACAUGCAUUAUCUAUAUAAAUAGAGAGAAACUAUGUGCAUUCAGCGAAUGUCUUUCUUACAGAAUUUUCAUGUAUGUGAAAGCGUACUGUAAAUUUUCAAAAUUCCAUUCAUACCUCUAUGUUGAAGUGCAUGAACAAGUUAGUUAAUAAGGAACAAUUGUAAAAAGAAAUGAACCGAUUUCACAGCAUUUGUUUUGAGGUGUUUAUCCCAAUGAAUAAAUGUUAAACCGAUUUUCCAAGUAAAAA